GUAGGUUUUAUUUACAUAAUCAACAUUUUAAAUAUAAAAAAUAUUGUUAGUCUAAAAUCUAUUUUGUCUUUGGCAAUUUCCGUAAAAUCAGUGUACAAAAUUACGAGAUGUUACUGCUUUUCAUGUAAUGGAGCUAAUAAGACUGUUAGUUAUUGUUUUUCAGUGGAGCUAAUGAGAUUGUUUCGGCCCCUGUUUGGAUCAAGUAGUAUCCCCUUCACAAACAAGGCAGAUGGCCAAACACGACGGACCAAGUACGACAAAGUCUUUACAAGAAGCGCCUUCAAGAACAGCUAUGCCAUUUUCCACAAGGUUUCCGCAGACUUGUCCACCAAAUGGUCGACAAUGUCAGAUGAGCAGCACAUCCCGCUGACUCGGCACAUGUUGGCACUCUCCUUCAAGAUCCUCAUGUGGACGCUGGUCGGAGACUACUUCAAAGACGACAAGAAACUUCUGGAAUUCAGGAAGAAUUUUGAUGUGUGCUGGUCCAUCACAGAGGAGUCUUUGCUUGCUGAGAGCUUCCCAGAAGAGGGCAGUCAACAGUUCAAGAGGUUCAGUCAAGCAAAAUCUGCCCUCCAUGACACUCUCAAGGAUGUCCUUCAGAAACAGAGGUCACGUCCCCGUGGCAACGACCUGAUGUUUGUUGACAUGGUAACGCUGGCGGGGAUCUCAGAGGACACACAAGUAGAAGAUCUGCUGACAUUUAUAGUUUGGGGAGUUCACAAGAUGGCCUUCAUGCUCAGUUGGGCGCUCUACUUCCUGGCCACGCACCCAGACGUUCAGCAGAAGCUUGUGAAGGAAAUAUCGACAGCUUUGGGAGAGUCAGAAGUGAAUGAAAACAAUGUAGACAAGCUCAGAUACCUGCGGCAGGUGUUGGAUGAGACGCUCAGGUGCUCUGCACUUUCCCCUUGGUCAGCCAGGGUGCAGGAUUUUGAUACAGAGCUGGAAGGGCAUAAGAUUCCUAAAAAUACCCCAGUGAUCCAUGCCCUAGGGGUGGUGCUCCAGGGAGACACAUGGUGGGCAGAGCCUAACAAGUUUGACCCAGACCGCUUCAGUUCUGAGAACACUAAGUCCCGUACUCUGUUGGCAUUUUCCCCAUUCGGGUUUGCCGGAAAGCGUACGUGCCCCGGUGCUCAGUUGGCGUACUUGGAGGCAACGUCUGUACUGGUGACCUUGCUGCGUCAACACAAGGUCAAGAUGGUGGAGGGGCUAGUCAUCAAUCCUGUGUACUGAAUCGUCACUCACCCAGGGGACGAAAUCUGGAUCACGGUAGAGAAACGAAAGUGA